AUGGAGAACUACGUGCAGCUCCGUGUGCUGGGGAAGGGCUCCUUCGGCUCCGCGUGGCUAGUGCAGCGGCGCAGCGACAAGGCGCAGUUCGUCGCGAAGGAGGUGCGCCUCGUUGGUAUGAAGCCGGCUGAGCGGGAGAGCGCAAAGCACGAGAUUGACAUGCUGCGCACGCUGAACCACCCCAACAUCACGCGCUAUGUAGAUCACUUUGAGCACCACGGGUCUCUCUUCAUAGUAAUGGAGCAUGCCAAUGGUGGCGACCUUUAUACGAAGAUUAGGAACCGCAAGGGGGCACGGUUCACGGAGGACGAGAUCCUGCACUACUUCUCACAGUUGUGUCUAGCCCUUCUCCAUCUGCACGAGCGGCACAUUCUGCACCGCGACCUCAAGACGCAAAACGUCUUCUUGACGACGGACGGCGUAGUGAAAUUAGGAGACUUCGGUAUCAGCACAGUUCUACGGAACACCUUUGAGCUGAAGCGGACGGUGUGCGGGACGCCGUACUACUUUUCCCCCGAGCUCUGCCUAAACAAGCCAUACAAUAACAAGAGCGAUGUCUGGGCCCUAGGUUGUAUAUUGUAUGAGCUAACGACACUCACCCACGCCUUUGACGGGAGCAACAUGAAGGCCCUCGUGCAGAAAAUCCUCAAGGGUGUCUAUCCACCCAUCCACACUAGCUACUCUGCUAACUUGUCGAAGCUUAUUUCGACCAUGCUCCAGAUUGACCCCCAGCUACGUCCGAAUGUUAGUCAAAUCAUCUCCCUUCCUUUCAUUCGCGACUCGCUUUCGAGUUUGCAGCGUGCGGUAGAGGUGGCGCACCACGACAAGCGGUUGUGCCCCCCGUCAGAGGGGAGAGUUGAGCGGGUGCGCACCCCACAGCGCGACGCAGUGGCGCGUGUCGAGGAGCGCCGAAAAGAGGAGCAGGCGAAGGCGAUGAAACUUGCAAAGGAACGACAGCUGCUGCGGAUGCAGAUGGACCAGCGGCAGCGUGAGAAUGAAGAGCGGCUGCGGCAGAUACAGGAGCAGAAGCGUCAAGCGGAAAUUGAGCAGAACGCACGGAAGAAGGAGUUGGAGGCACGCGCGCGCGAGCAGAGACGGGUGGUGGAACGGCGUGCCAAGGCUCAGGCCCUUCUGCAGAAGCAGCGGGAAGAAGAAUGGGAACGCAAUAUGCGGGAGCAGGCGGAGGCGUUCAAACGCAAACAACGAGAAGAAGAGCGCCUUGCCCGCGAGAAGGCGGAACAAGAUGCCCUUCGCGAAAGGCUCUUCAGCAACAACAACAACAAUAACAAUCUCAAUUGUGAGAAGCGAUCAGAGCAACAACCUCUGUCGGCUGCUGCUGCUGCUGAGCUGUAUCGUGACAUGCGGCGACAGGCGGCGCUAAACAAGCAGCGCAUGAUGGAGGACAUGAAGUUGCAGCCGGAGCGCGUCGAGCCCGCUCUCGUGUUGGAGCCGCGACGGCGAACAUCAGGGGUGCGAGGAUCACCACCCGCGCAACGUCCACAACGCGUCAACUCGCUGGGAAAGAUGACUGCAGAAGAGGCGGAGGAGGCGCGACGACAGGCCUUCUGGCAGAUGCGGCGCGAGGCGGAGGAAAACAAACGACGUGCGCUUGGCCUCGAUGCCGCACCUGACGUCAUUUCCCCGAAGCGUUCGUCGCUGCAACAACAACAACAACAACAACAACAGCAACAACAGACGCAGCCGCCGCCACCGAAGCAGCAGACACAGCAGACCAAACAGCAACAGAAACAAUCACAGCUGCAACAGAAACCGGAGGAGGUCUCAAGGGAGGCAAGCUCAGUUGUCUACGCGCAGCGGUCUCCACCGAAUGGGGCAUUCACGACAGCGCCACCCGCGGCAAAUGUAGAUAGGGGACGCAGCUGCAACGCAGUGAACGGUGAUUCCGUGGCCGCUGACGAGAGUGGUGAGGGACGGAAACGCGAAGCAGAACUGAAUGCGCUACAGACUGCCAUUGACGCCGCACUGACGCAGGGUGACAAGCGUGCCGCUGAGGAAGACUUUAAUGACGAGGCGUUCCCUGACACGGACCUGACGAAGUUCAUGGUGGAUGGGCAGACGCUUGUGCUGCCAAAUGUGCAGGCGAGCGACCCGCUGAUGCACCGCAUCGAGUCGCUGCGCCUGUUCCUCGAGGGGAAGUUAGGGGAGGUCGCGCUGAUGGCGUCGUACCGCCAGAUGAAUAACAUCGCCGCGGAGGAUGAUGAGGCGAUGCAACGCGUGGCUGAGAUGCUCCCAGAGGAGCAUCAAAAGUACAUACCGGUAAUUGCGCAAUUGAUUGUAUGUGAGGAUGCAUUUAAUCGCCAGUUGUUGCAAUGA